AUGGUCCUCAAUAGGAGGAAUUUUCGGUAUCUUGAGGAAAUUAACAAUAACCUAGUAGAUUUACUUGGUUCUCUUAUAGAAAAUGACGAAGUUAAUUUAAUUGAGAAAGAGGAUGAAGCAGAAAUGGACCCUAAUGCAAAUAUAGUAAAUUCAUCAGAACUGAGAUCUCAUAUAAUAGAUAUAAAUUACGAUUGGUGUAGUAAAACUAUGAAAUGCUACUCAGAUUCUGAAAUUAGAAAUGCAGGAACUUUUGUGCAACUGGCAUCUAAUAGCAUUAUAUUAGAAGAAAAUGCAACAGAUACUAUUGAUUUUCAGACAUUAAAUACAAAUCAAAAUGCAGCAUUUAACAGAAUAGAGGCAUAUUACUGGAGUAUACUUGAAGGUCAUCAGACAGAGCCGUUAAGAAUUAUUAUAAUAGAAACCACAGAAAUAGGAAAAUCCUAUUUUAUAAAAGCAAUUCGAUGCCUACUUCAUAUGAUGAGGCUAAAUCAAGCAUUUUCAAAACAUAAUAAUGAACCAUUUGGUGGAUGUUCUAUUAUUAUAUUUGGCGAUUUCGGUCAACUCCUACUAGUAUUUGACCUUCCAAUAUAUGCAAAUAAUAGUUUGCAAGACCAAAUUUCGAGCAAUAGCCUUAAAGCAUAUAAAUAUUUCAGAGAAGUUUACAUACUUAAUGUUAUUGAAUAUCAAUCUGGUGAAUCAGAAGAGCAGCAAAAUUUUAGAAAUAUUCUCAUGAGAUUAUAUAAUAAAAAAUUUAUUUUAAGUAAUUGGGAAAAACUUACAGUCCAACUUGAAGACAAGUUUAAUAGAGCUGAACACAAUCAAUUUUCAGAAGCCAUACAUAUUCUACAAAAGUGGUCUGAUGUUGAUAAGAUUAAUAUAGAAAAGCUAAUAUCUUUGAAUAAGAUAAAUAAGCCAGAAAUAAGUGAACAAAAAAAUAAAUCAGAAAAUAGGAUUUCUGAGACAAAUAAUAUUGCCAAGCUAAUUAAUGAUCUUUCAUCUGAGACUAACUUGGCAGCUCAAGAAUUAAUUCGUAAUAUUGAAGA